UGGGGAGUUCGUGGUUGCCUGGAGACCGGGUGUAAACAAGACUAGGCCGAGGCGGGCGAGUUUCAAGAGCGGCGGCCUCGUUGCCUUGGUCCCGAGGCCCUGACAAGGGGAGCUCCAAUAGCGCAGGCUACGCAGAGGCCUCCCGGGGAGGGCUGAAGAUCAGUACUGAAGACAAAAUAUUAUGAAGAAAGAAAUGCAAGGACAUCUCCCAAAGCGAAGUGGAACACAUUAAACAGCAAAUCACGCACAAACUGUCAUGGAAGAAGUUCCGGUUAAAGUAGCAGUGAGAAUACGACCUUUGCUUUCUAAAGAAGCACUUCACAACCAUCAAGUGUGUGUGAGAUUAAUCCCAAACACUCAGCAAAUAGUCGUUGGAAAGGACCGUGUUUUCACUUUUGAUUUUGUUUUUGGCAAACAUUCCACCCAAGAUGAAGUUUAUACAACAUGUAUUAAGCCAUUAGUGGCAUCUCUGAUAGAAGGAUAUAAUGCUACUGUUUUUGCCUAUGGACAGACAGGCUCUGGGAAGACUUACACCAUUGGAGGAGGUCAUGUUGCUUCUGUUGCAGAGGAAGAGAGAGGUAUAAUUCCACGCGCAAUCCAGGAAAUAUUUCAAAUUAUUUUUGAAAACCAUAAUGUUGACUUCACUGUGAAAGUUUCUUACAUAGAGGUAUACAAAGAAGAAGUCAGAGAUCUUCUGGAACUAGAGACCUCUAUGAAAGAUUUACACAUUAGAGAAGAUGAGAAAGGCAAUACAGUAAUUGUCGGUACCAAGGAUUGCCAAGUUGAAAGUGUAGAUGAAGUGAUGAGCCUGUUGGAAACAGGGAAUGCUGCUCGACAUACAGGCACAACACAAAUGAAUGAGCACUCCAGCCGAUCUCAUGCUGUUUUUACUAUCACCAUUUGUCAACAACGGCAACCAGUGCAGGCUCAGAAAAACACGAACUCUGGACCGGAUUCAUCUCGAAGUUCAGGCCAGCUGAUUGUGUCCAAGUUCCACUUUGUGGAUCUAGCUGGAUCAGAAAGAGUAACAAAAACUGGAAAUACUGGUGAAAGAUUCAAGGAAUCAAUUCAGAUAAACAGUGGCUUAUUGGCUCUGGGAAAUGUGAUAAGUGCUCUUGGAGAUCCUAGGAGAAAAAGUGCACAUAUUCCAUACCGGGAUGCUAAAAUUACACGCAUUCUGAAGGACUCCUUAGGAGGCAAUGCCAAGACAGUCAUGAUAACUUGCAUUAGUCCAUCAUCUUCUGAAUUUGAUGAGUCACUCAAUUCUAUUAAAUAUGCCAACAGAGCCAAAAAUAUUAGAAACAAACCUAUUGUCAACUACAACCCAGAUUUGGACCGCAUUGAUGAAAUGGAGUUUACAAUCAAAUUGCUUCGGGAAGCUUUGCAAAAUCAUCAGGUUAGUGAACAAAACUCUGGCAGCCGUGUGUCACAAGACUUGUCUCAGGAGAGAAGCAAAAUCCGUUCUCUUGAAGAACAGCUUGCCCGGCUUCAGGUAGAAAGUUUCAGCUACAGAAAUUGCAUAGAAGAAGCCUAUACAUUUCUUGCCGACCUAAAAAAUAUUGCCAGUCUGUCAAAAAGUCAACAUGAUAAACUUCAGGAUUGGCUCUCUGUGGCUCAGGAACUCAGAAGGGAGACCCCAGCUAUUCCUCAAAUAAAUGGUGGAAGUGGAGGUAACCAAGAAGAACCAUACCAUAUCACAAUUCUUCAGUUGAAGAGAGAGCUGAAAAAGUAUCAGCAGGCUCUUGCUGCAGAUGAAGAAGUUUUUAGUGAAAAAGAACUUGAGAUAAAAGUACUGCAAGAUCAAAUAGAGAAGUUGAUAAAGGAGAAUCAGGAAUGUCUGCAGUCACUACAGGAGGCACAGGAUAUAAAUAGGCUACAGAAUGAGAAAAUGGUGGAACAACAGCUUAUAAUUGACCAGCUAAAUGACAGAUUAGAGGACAUGGCAAAAAUGUCUGCUUCCAGUGGUGCUUGUGGGGAUGGACCAACCACUAUAGUAUCUGCUAGGAGGCCAUUCAGUGUUCCUCUGACUAAACGUUUGGUGAGGUCCAUUAAUCCACCAGUGGAGCCGAACUCUCGAAAGGUACACACAAGUCCUCCUACAUACUCCUUAAGUAGAGUCAUGGCUGGAUUUCAUACCCGCAGCCAAAUAAUGUUAGAUCACAUAGAAGAACAGGAUGAGGUUCUUCAUUGCUCCUUCUCUGAUCACAGUGAUGAAGAUGAAAAACAUGCUAAAAAUAAAAAAAGACUCCAAUUCAGACGUUCUCUAAACCGUACAUGGACACGAAAGCAGGCUCCUCAGUUUUCUGUGCUUGAACAAACAGAACUGCAACAUGAUUGGCAUUUACAAAGCAAAAGUAUCUCACAAAUGGAAUCUGCUCCUGGUGCUGCUGAUAUUGAAUGUAUCAAGAAAAGUCAGAUAUUAAAUAUGCAGAAAUUAAAGAAUACAGAGUUGAAACUUACUGCUGCUAAGCAAAAGAUGAGUGAACUUACACUUAAUAUCAAAAUGAAGGAGGAACUUAUUAAAGAACUGGUGAAAACAGGUAAAGAUGCUCAAUCUGUAAGCAAGCAGUACUCUCUGAAAAUAGCAGAACUGGAACAUGAAGCAGACCAGGCCAAAAUUGAUUUAGCUGAAACGCAAAAGCAAUUGCAAGAGCUAGAGAACAAAGAACUAAGAGACAUUGCUGAAAAAGCUAGGUUACAGAAAGAAUUUAGGAAAAAGAUGGAUGCAGCAAAGAUAAAAGUGCAGGCCUUGCAGAAAAAACAGCAGGACACUAAGAAACUGGCAUCGUUGUCCACACAGAAUGAAAAGCGUGUUUUUGAAGUAGAACAGAAUGUCAGUCAUAUGAAAAAUCAGCAAGCCCAAAUACAGAAAAGAUUGCAAGAGGAGAGUGAAAAAAAGAAAAGCUUGGAGGCAGAAAUUCAGAAGGGACAACUGCAAAUCAAGGAGCUUCAACAAAAGACAGAAGAACAAGCGAAGAUUUUAAAACUAAAAGAUCAAGAAAUUGCUGCAAUUAAAAGGAAAAACUCAUCUGAAACCCCACAGCAACUAGAGAAAUUAGAAGAGAAAAAGAAAUGGCUAGAUGAAGAGCUAGAGAAGGUUUUACAUCAACGUCAGGAGUUAGUUCAUCUGGAAGAAGAUUUAAAAAGAAGAGAAGCUAUCAUUUCCAAGAAGGAAACUUUGAUGCAAGAGAAGAGCCAUUUAGAAAUUAAAAAACUGAGAUCCAGCCAGGCUCUCAGUCAAGAUAUUUUGAAAUUAUCAAGUCGCUUGAGCUUGCUGGAUCAGGAAUUAUGUGACAAAAAUAUGCAGCUUCAGAGCAGCACCACUAUUGAGCAUGCAAAGAUUUUUGAAGAAGUUCAGGCUCUGGAGAAGGAGAGGGACCAGCUUCUGAAAAGAAGGAGCAGUGUGGAUGAGAAAUUGCAGAAUGGCAGGGUAUUGUCUCCAGAAGAGGAACAUUUUCUCUUCCAACUUGAAGAAGGAAUAGAAACUUUGGAAGCUGCCAUUGCUUAUAAGAACGAAAGUAUUCAAAAUCAUCAGAAUUCAGUCAGAGCUUCAUCUCAAAUAAUUUUGCACAGUGAGGCCAAUGUGAUGGAAAAGUUGGUUUCCUUGACUGCUAAUGAACUGCAAGCAAUUCUUAUAAAGUAUUUUAAUAAGGUUGUCAGCCUUCGUGAGAGCGAACGUAAAUUACAACUUCAGGCUGAAGAACUUGGAAUAAAGGUAACAGAGCAAGAAAACAUAGCAAGAGAACUAGAACGGGCACAUGAACAUCUUGUGCUGCAAUGUGACAGGCGUCUCACCCUCCAACAAAAAGAACAUGAGCAAAAGAUGCAAUUAAUACUACUUCAUUGCAAAGAGCAAGACGGCGAAAGUAUUUCAGAAGCUCUUAAAACUUAUGAGGCAAAAGUCCAACAACUGGAAAAAGACUUGUUCUUCUACAAGAAAACUAGCAGAGAAUUGAAGAAGAAAUUAAAGGAACUGGUUGGAGAAUCGAUACACCCUCCUCAGUCACAGAGUAAAUGUUUUCCUUCUACUGAUGGUACACCAAACCGAGAAGAACCAAUUGCUUUGUCAGAAGAACUUGGGUGGACAGACAAAUCAGUAGGAAGAUUCAAAGAAGCAAACUACCCAACAGAUAAUUUAGAAGUACAGCAAAAGUCUAAUGCAUUUCAAGAGGAUGUUCUAGAAUUUUUACCCAGGACAUCUCAUAGUCAGGAAAAGCAAGCAGGAAAAGUGCAAAAUCUUGCAAAAUCUCAUCCACAAGGAGUCUUUCAUUCUCAUACAAAAGACUCUAUGACCCAGCUUCAAGGAACAACCCCAGUAAAACUUUCUCGCAAAGAAUUGCGUUGCAUCCCUGCAUCUGAACUUUCUUCACGGCGCUCAGGCCUUGCAGUUGGUAUGAACUAUGUUCCUGCAGAUUCCACUGAAAUGCUUCAAAAACCUAAUGAACUUAAUACAUAAUUAACACUAACCUUUUGAAAGGAGUCACUAAUUUUGAUACUUCUUAAUGCAUUUUUUCAGCUAUGAUAACAACUAACUCCUGUACCUCAGGCUGCAGAACUCACAGUAUGCUCAUGUAUAAAUGUAUGAUGCUACUGGCACAGUGAUGUUAUAGGACAGGAACAAAAUGGAUGUUUGCCUUUUACAGAAUUACUUUUUGAAUUGCAUUUUUUUUUAAAACAAAAAAACAAUUGGCAUAGAUUUGUAUUCUUAAAUUUAUAAAGAAUUUCCUCAUCUUAUCUCCCAUAUUGCAAAGAAUAUAGUGGCUGGAUGUGGUAAUACUUUGUCUGCAUGAGCAAUCUAUACUAUAAUAGUAGUCAUAUUUAUUAGAGCAAAUACUGAGGAUGAUUAAAAUAAGGAAAAGGCACCAGAUAACAGAAUCUUACAUCUGAUGGGUCAUUUUCUCAUAUUGUGACUAAAUAUGAAAAUAUAAGUGGAGGCGUAUAGAGCACUAUCACCAGAAGAGAGCAACUUUGUCAGGUACAGGAAUAAUUUUUGCCUUGUCCCCCAAAUUUUGGCAAAUCCAAAUCACUCUGAUUCAUUUGGAUCUCGGAGGUUCUCUGAAAAUUUAAGGAGUUGAAGGUAUUAGAUUGUAAAUAAGUCAGGAGUGGAAACCUUGUGUUUUCAGUCUUACGGGGGUUUUUUUGUUUUUGUUUUUCAAAAUCCAUGUUUUUUAAAAAAAGGGAGGGAAAAUGGCACAAGUUUUGGAACUAUAAGCCACUUUCCCCACCCCUUGUUCAGCCCAAAAUACUUUAUGAAGUGGUGAAUGGAAUCACUAUCAAUAAUUGUUUUUAACUACUCCUUUUCAAUGUACGCAUUUUUUUUACUUUAGUCCUGUUGAAGUGCAUCAGGUAUAAAUCUCCAUCAAAAGGGUAAACAAGAAGAGGAGUUACAGAAAAAAAAUACUUUUCCCUAAAGCUCAUACUAAAUACAAGUCAGUUACACAAAAAUGUAUUCAUAACUUUGUGGCUUGCACUAUAGUGUGACUUUGUGCCUGUGAUCAGUGUGUCUGGCUUUUCUUGGAAAGCAUUUUCUCUAGAUUUAUUUCAAGAUAAUUGUCAGAACAGGCAGACCUAUUUCUCUGAGAAAUCAUUUCCUGAGAGAGCAAAAUGAAUUGCAUGACGUAGUCCACCUGACCUCAAUUUGGACAACAGCAACUUAAUUCUGGUAUAUAAGAGAAUGUCUAUAUACUAAAAGUGAGCCACAUAAAAUCAGAACACGAUGUUGUAAGGUAAUUCUGGUAUAAAAUAAAUAUUCACUGCUAUGCCAGGAGCAGCCUGGCAGGAUCAUGUAUUCUCUCUCAUACUCACUCAAACCUACACAUACUUUGUUCGCUCACUUCUCCCAUGUUGGCUUUGUUUACCCAAAGUUAUGAUUAAGUAAUUUUAGUUAAAAUGAGCUGAAACACUUCUAAACUUGUUGAUAGUGUUUGGUCCAUAUUUGCCUUUUGUUCACAGAAGCAGACACAAUGUAGUCAAAGUGCCUAUUCGCAGAGCGACAUGAUUAUUGGUUGCCCACUUUCUCCUGUUGCUAUUCCUGCCACUUCUCCUACCGAUCUGGAACAUUCUUCUGCUAUCCAAAGCAGAUAUUUUGGAAGCUGCUGGGGAAAGUGUCAGAAAUCCCCUCUCUCUGUUGACUAGUAGACAUAUAGUCUGAGUAGUUUUUUUGCAAUAUAGCUCUACAAGUAUGAAAUACUACUUUAAAACCCAAAUAGUAUGUACAAGGGGAUGUUUUCUUACCUGCUAUGUUUAUAUUGCGGGGUUCAAAGUGAUAGUGGCUGAGUCUAAUUGUUUUUUUUAUUUAACAGUUGUUUCUUGACUAAUGCUGUGUUGAACUGAGCUGUGAAUUUUGCUACUUGUUCGAAGUUUACAUAUUUCACUUUUGUUACAUUUUGCAUUUACAAAUUGGUAAAACCAAAUACAAUACCUUAUAGCAUCAAACAAACUGCGGUACACCAUCAUUCUACCCCCUGGCUAUUAGAAAUGUGUGUCUGAAAAUAACUGCAAAUAUACAAUCUUUAUAAGGA